AUGUCAGCCCUUUUACUCUUCUUUCUCUCUCUUGUUCCUCCCUAUCUAUCUCUGGUUUGUGCUCAUCAUGGGCUUGUCUAUGAGAACCCCAAAGCAUUCUCUCCAGCUGCUUAUGACUUCUUCCACCCAAAUAGCCAACAACCCAGUAAAAAUACUCACAGCCCUUCUCCUCUAUCAACAUUUUCUUCUGCUUCAUCAGCUGUUGCACAGUCGACAGAAGCACAUGAAAGCAACUUCCCGGACCCUAAGACUACGGCGGCGGCCGCCGGAAGCCGAGUGGGAGCUGGUGGGAUUGCUGGCAUUGUGUUUGGGUUUGCGCUGGUAGUGCUUCUAGCAAUGGGUGUUUACUAUGUAGUGAUCACUCGUAGAUCUAACAUCACUCGGGCUAACUCUGUUAGGCCUGAUGCUUGA